UUUUUUUUUAGUUCUCACCCGAUACGAGAAGUACGUACAUCAUAUGCAUUUGCGUGUUUUAACGUUGUUUUUGUCUGUGCUGACUUAUAAGUUUUUUUUUAAAUGAAAAUUGAAAUGUUUUUUAUUUUUAACUUUUGAAUUAAUAAUGAUGGAUCUGAAUUGAAAGAACGAAAAGCUUAAGUGCAUGAUAUAUAUCUUCAAUUGUAAUGUUGCAAUGCCAGUGAUGUGAUGUGAAAAUAGUGUCUUUCGUCACAGCUGCUGUAUUGAUUUUUAUUAUUUUGGAUCUCAUUCGAAAUCAUACAGAGGAAAAAAACGUAGUGAUGGUACGGUGAAAAAGAACUGUGCUCGCAGGUGGAUGCUGUGACUGAGUGUUAAUACGUAGAAGGGAAGGUCAAUAAUGAAAAUAUAAUUUGCAGGUGUUUUCGAACGUAAAUUUAUUAUCGAAUAUCAUGGCGACAGCCGUAUAUGGUGGCAGUCCUCGACAUCAUAGCCGCAUUAUGGUUAGUGGAAAUGUUGGUACACCGAAUAUCGUUACAAAUUCAAAUACUAUCACCACCCACCAUCACCUUCCGAAUGCGCUACAACAAUCUACGCCUAUUAUAUCAGCUACAUUAAAUCAAUCGUCCAACAUAAUCUUUCCACCGACAUCCUACAUCUCAUCCUCUAAUCCACCAACAAUAUCAUCGAACCAUUUCGCUGCUCAUACUCUGAUGCACCAUCAUAAUGCCCAUCGACUGAGCAAACGUAAAUCAGCUGUAGAAUUAUUGGCAGAGAGUAAACCAUUUUACGUUAAAUCUGAAACGGUGUUGGAUCGACAACAGCAAUUGAAUUACCGUAGUGGUAAUUCAACAUCGUCUCUGAUGUCACCAUCACGAACACCAUUGCCCCAUCAGCGUUCGUCGUCAAUAACAAGACGAAGUGGUUCAGCAAAUUCCGAUAUAUUGCAAACGAAACUGCGUUCAUUGUUAAAUACGUCUACGGAAAACAAAGACUCAACACCAAGUGAUGUCGAUAUUAUAUCGAAAUUUAUGAAGCCCGAUAGCCCUAACAAUUAUGAUAUUAAUAAGUACAUGUCGCCAAAGAAACUCAAUCAAGAGUUAACGGUACUUCCUGACCCGAAUUGUGAUGUAUCCGUGUUCUUCCCAAGUGCAUUCCUAUCACCUCAAUCGCUUCCACCGCACCCUGCAUCAGAUGACGAUAUUUAUUCCUAUGGAAUCGAUGAUUCAUUAUUGUUAACAGAUGAUUACCAAACAAUAAGUCCGCCAGCCGAAUAUGCGGAGAACACUUCAACGAAACCGUACGGUGCUAGUAACAACAGGUACGCUGGUUACCAACGAUCUUAUUCGCAUUCGCAAGCUGUCGCAUCGGAUGAAGCAGAAUAUUCGCCAUCCUACAAUAUUAACAGUCAUAAGUCGCUACCCGAUCUACACUCUCAAAUAAGUCGCCAUUCGCCGCACAGUGAAGCGCUUAGUUGCUGCAGCAGAGGAAAUCGUUCGAACAAAUCGGGCAGUUCGUUUAAUAGAGAUUCUGGAGGAUCAUCAGGUCACUACACACAUAGAAGUGAACCGUGCUGUAAGCAACAACCGAAUGAAAACCCAGCUAAUACAAGUACCGACUACAGACGUGACAGUGGCUCAUCCACGCAGCAUAGUGGAAAUUCAUAUUACGCGUACGGCUUACCCCAAAAUAUGCGAUAUGACUGCAUGGAGUGCAGAGCAAAGCUUCAAAAUGAUGCCAACUGUCUGCUCAAUUUUACAACACCAGAGGUCCCAGAAGCAUUUCAAGACGAUUACGACGAUAAGUCACGUGGCUAUUAUGAAGAUCGAUCAAGACCGUACUAUAAGAAUCCGCAAAUGAGUCCAAAUCAAAAGACACCACCCGAAUCACUUCCACCAAUAAUUAAGGAGCCUGAACUAAGUCCACCGUUGGGAACGUUUAAGCGACAGCGUUGCUUUCGAAUCAAACAAAGAUCACGCUACUCGUCGCCGAAUGAUCGAAAUAGUCGCAGUGAAGACGAUCGCAAGCCGAUUUUACGAUCGAAAAGCGACAUAAGCGAUCGAUAUUGGCAGCGGAAUGCAGCCGGUGAUCAGGUGAAAUCGCUGGACAAACGAGGUAAAAUGGAUAGCGUAUCACAAUUGGAACGAUUCUUUGAUCGGCUCGGCAUGAACGACGAUAAAUACGAGGAAUUCAUUGCACCAAAGUUACAGCCUUUAAGUGACAGCGAUUCGGAUCACUCAAGUCCUGUUUUCUUUUCGGAUGCAAGCACAGUUGAUUCGACUCGUUUACCAGACAGUACGGAAACUAAUCAAAAUACUCAAGCGUAUCGACCGAGUGAGCCACCGUCGAUUGUAGAACGAAAUGCGCGCAUUAUCAAGUGGCUGUGCAAUUGUAGAAAGUUGCAGUUACAGUUUUCAUAAUGAGAUAUGUAGCUUGUAUGAAUGGAUGAGUGAAUGGUACGGCAAAGAAUAAAACAGAAAACAAUUUGCUCGAUGAAUCAAAGUGAUCGAUUGAACAAGGAACACUAAAAUCUUUCGACAUUUAAGCCAAAAACAAAAAAUUAUAAAUUUACCUAGGCAACCAUGCAUAAGACUUUAAGAACUAACAACGACAAUGUCCAUUCGGACCAUAAAACGUUUUUCUUUCUCUCGAAAUACGCUUACAAUUCUAAUUGCAUCCGGUGGCGUUGCGAUAUAAUUAAUAAAACAGAAAUCGAAGAACACAAAAGAAACUUCUCCGAAUCGACGUUAACGUUGUUAUGAGGAUAAUAAUAUUAGACAUGUAGCAUGCGGAAGAUUGCAUACACUCUCCGAACAUGAUUUUACAAAACAAAAAAA